GUAGGGUGUUAAGCGCGACCGUUUAUCGCUGAUCGUUAAAGAGUUAAACAGGAAGACAGAUCCAACGCACAAAUAGUGCGGCCGCAAAUUCAUGCGGAUAAUUUAGAGGAUAGGAUGAUAAGCAGAAAACCUAUUAGUGUUAGGCGAUGCCGUGACGGCGAGUGAUGUUCGAGCUUAUAUUACGAGUGACACGACGGUGACGUGCUUCCAGUGAUAAAAUUCUGGUGGCAUGGGUACUGCCCUAUCCGAGUCGUCCAAACUUACUUUGUUGCUGAUCAGUGAGGGCACACACGGGAAGGGUCAGCGUGCGGAGAUAUGGAGUAGUUGGAGAAUCGAGCUGCUGAGGGAUGGAGGUGAUUGCCAGGUAAAGCAGACCUGGGUGCUGAACGACGCUCGAUUCCGAUGUAGGUACGGCCCGCAGCCUCGUUGGGGAAGAGCACAAUCAUUUUCCGGCACUACGAAGGGAGUGCGAUCAUAUUUGCGGGAAUCGUCUACGACAUGUGUGCUUGUCAAAGUUGGGGAAGGCGGAAAGCGGAAUGUUCACAGAAAUGCCAUGGUUUUGUGCGUCGUAAGUCCUCGUAUGAGAAGGCGCCGGUACGGGGUUAGGGGCCAUUGGGGCCAGGGAGCUGAAGGGAAUGUGUUGAGAGAGACACAAGUAGGAUUCAUUGCGGAAGUAAGGUUGGCCAGCGUGAGUGCAAAGAUAAGGGAGGUGGAAGGGGGGGAUGAAAAUAAGGGAAUUGGCAAUAAUAGAGAACCCUGUCAUUCAUCCAUUCAAUUCGGGAGCGAAAAAUUUGACAGAGUAGCGGGAAUGUUGAUUAUUCAUGCAGUACCCAUGGGUACCGAGAAUUCAAGAGGCACAUGAACAUUACGAGAGGCGCUAUUGAGAAUAAGCGCUCAUGUACCACGUCGCAUUUGGAUUCCUUUAGAACUAUACCACAAUAAAGUGAGUGGCAGCUUUGAGGCCCUUGUUAAGGGUAUAAAAGGAUCAUUGAGGUUGGGAAAAUGACUCUGAGCGCUAUCCUUCAGUUAGAUUUCCGACCCAGAUUAACUACCCGCUAACUGUGGUCGUAUGGCGUCGUACUCGGACACUCAUAAUGAGAGCCACGACGUUAAUGGCUUUCAGAAGUACGUCCUGGAAGGCUGGGACGAAGAAGCAUAUGCGAG